AUGUCUUUCGGGAAGAUCAACGAGUUUAACGUGAGUGCGGGGAAUUGGUCACUGUACGUCGAGCGUCUGGAGAUGUACUUCAAGANACAAAGAAGACAGCGGGAGGGCGAGUCAAUUGCAACGUACAUAACAGAAUUGAAGAAAUUGUCAAAAUUGUGUGAUUUUGGAGCCAACUUAGAAGACAGUUUACGUGACCAACUUGUUUGUGGGGUAGUCAGUGACGUCAUACGGCAAAGACUGUUUGCGGAAGAUAAUUUGAACUAUACGAGUGCAGUUAAGUUGGCGUGUGCGUUGGAAGCGGCGGAACGUAACGCGGCAGUAGUAGAUGUGUCAUCAUCGGGAACUACGGGAAGCGCGGCCGCGGUACACGCAGUAGGGGCGAAGCGCGAGCGCGGGCGCGGGCAGCGCGCGCGUCCCUGGCAAGCCAACGGUUAUAACAACUCGGAAAAUUGCAUAGUGUGCGGGAAAAAUGGCCACAGCAGCGAGGAGUGUCGCUACAAGAAGUUCGUUUGCAGUAAAUGUAAAAAAGUUGGACACCUGCGUAGGGUUUGUCCCAACUCAACCGGGGGCCCAGGCCCGGACCGGAGGCGGGUGAACCAUGUCUCAUGCCAAGACAACGGGUCAGAUGAGGAUUCCCGGUCGGAAGACUAUGAAGAAAUGUUAAACCAACUCAGUUUGAGCAGCUAUAAACCGAUUUGUAAAGAAAACAAGUGUGCUAAUUUGGAAAUGUUAAUCGACAGGCAUAAGGAAUUGUUCAGCGGCGGGCUGGGGCGGUUCACGGGAGGCCAGGCGCGGCUGCGGGUGCGCGAGGGGGCGGCGCCCGUGUUCCACCGCGCGCGCCCUCUGCCCUACGCGCUCAAGGCGCAGGUGGACGCGGAGCUGGACUGCAUGCUGCGCGACGGCAUCAUAGAACCGGUCGAGGUUUCCGACUGGGCUACGCCAUUGGUACCGAACAAUGGCAUUGAACACAUAUUUUCAGCUCCCUACCACCCUGCUUCGAAUGGGGCGGCGGAGAAUGCAGUUCGAACAAUUAAAAAAGACAUAAAGAAAGCCAUUCGUAAAAAAGAAGAUAUCCAAAAGUUUUUAAAUACGUUUUUACUUCACUAUCGAAACACAGAACAUUGUACUACAGGCGAAAGUCCAGCCACGUUAAUGUUAGGAAGACAGUUAAGAAUCAAACUAGAUUUACUCAGGCCGGAUAGAGGUAAAAAAGUUAGGGAUGCGCAGGCUAGGCAAAUAAAAAUUGGAACAGAGGUAAGCAGAGUUUUAGAACCAGGAGAAGAAGUCUGGAUCCGCCAAUACCAGGGGGGAAACAAGUGGAUACCGGGUAAGGUAGCUGAAAGAUUAGGAACAACUGAUUAUAAGAUAUUAGAUACUUCAGGUAGAGGGUCCCACAGACAUAUUGACCAGUUAAGACGGAGAUCUUUGCGUAGCUCGCUUGUAGCCCCACCGCUCGAAAUCGAGGAACCAACCACAGCGGCUCAAGUAGCGGUACCAAUGUGCGAGGAUCAGGUGCAGUCCGGCACCCGCCCAUCUGUAGCUGACAAUCCUUUGGACAGUAAUAUUUCUGUCGAUGUGGACAAGGACUCUGAUACCUUCUGCGAUGCGAGCUCCUCUCCCGCGCCCGCAACCGAUAAGCCCGCCACUCCUCCCCGAUCUAGGCCAAUACGAAAGUGUAGAAUUGAUAACCCACCNUUGGAAAAUAACUGA